GGAGGAAGCGGAAAGCCGCGCGGAGUCGCCGGGGACCUCGGUGAACCAUGUUGAGCCCUGCCAACGGGGAGCAGAUCCACCUGGUGAACUAUGUGGAGGACUACCUGGACUCCAUCGAGUCUCUACCUUUCGAUCUGCAGAGAAACGUCUCUCUGAUGCGGGAGAUCGACGCGAAAUACCAAGAAACCCUGCGGGAGCUGGAUGAGCACUACGAGAAGUUCAGGCGGGAGGCGGACGGCGCGCAGCGGAGGAGGGCGCUGGCCUGCAUCCAGCGGGCCCUGAUUCGGAGCCAGGAGCUGGGCGACGAGAAGAUGCAGAUCGUGAGCCAGAUGGUGGAGCUGGUGGAGAACCGGGCCAGGCAGGUGGACAGUCACGUGGCACUCUUCGAGGCACGGCAAGAGCUCAGUGACACCACUGGCCACAGCAGAGCUGGCCAGGAUAAGUCAAAACCGGAGACAGCCGCGCAGGCAGAGAAGCCUAACAGCAAGCGGUCCCGGCGACAGCGCAACAACGAGAAUCGCGAGAACGCAGCUAAUAAUCACGACCACGAUGACAUCACCUCCGGAACGCCUAAGGAGAAGAGGGCGAAGGCCUCCAAGAAGAAGAAACGCUCCAAGGCCAAAGCCGAGAGGGAGGCGUCCCCCGCGGACCUUCCCAUUGACCCGAACGAGCCCACGUACUGUCUGUGCAAUCAGGUCUCCUAUGGAGAGAUGAUCGGCUGUGACAAUGACGAGUGCCCCAUCGAGUGGUUCCACUUCUCCUGCGUGGGGCUGAACCAUAAACCCAAGGGCAAGUGGUACUGCCCCAAAUGCCGAGGGGAGAACGAGAAGACCAUGGACAAGGCCCUGGAGAAGUCCAAAAAGGAGCGGGCCUACAACAGGUAGU